UGUUUAAUCAUAGCAUUUUGCUAUCGAUUAUGUAUAGUCGAUUAUGGAUGGAAAUGAUGUCAUUUCCUCUCUAUAUAUGACAGCCAAGUUAGCUGAGGGACUAGUCUUUGCGCCCCCUGUAGUCAAAAUCCCCACAUUGAUUCAUGCAUUUUGGUCCAACCUCCAUCACCUCCAAGCCACCACGCCACCUGGAGGAGGUUACUUGCUAUUGCGUUCCUUACAAAUUGCAGCACCAUUGACGGUCCAAAUCCAACCUUUACUGCCUUCACUGCCUCCACAACAUCACCGUCCCCAUUGCCAGAGCUAAUUCGGAUUCUUGUGGUUUUUUUUUUAUACAAAAUUAUACUGUCUCACUUGUGGAUUAGUGUAGAUUAUUGCUACUAUUGCAUGGAUUGUUAGUGGAUUGCAGUUUUUUUCUCAAGUUUUUGAGAUUGAGAUAUGUAUGCUAGUUGAAGUGUUGUUUUUAAUAAAUUUGAAUAGACAAA